AUGUGGGCCACUGGAUUGGAGAGGAAGAUGAAUCUAAAGUUGCUUGCCAGUACACAACGUACCGCACUUUUGAGGGUGGCACAAGCAUAUAGGACCACUUCCACUGAUGCCCUGUGUGUAAUUACAGGGCAGAUACCCUUAGAUCUCGUGAUACGAGAAAGGGAGUGGAUUUAUAUGAAGAAGAAAGGGACUGUGGAAUGCACAACGGAAGUGGUGAAGAAUAUCAAGAACGAGGCACGUGAAGUUACCCUAGGAAAAUGGCAACAGAGGUGGGAGGAGUCGGACAAGGGGAGGUGGAUCUACGCCCUGAUUCCCCGCCUGAAGGAGUGGAUUUUAUGGGGACCUCAAACCCUCAACUUUCACCUGACCCAGGUGUUAACAGGGCACGGGUGUUUUGGCACCUUUUUAUGGAAGAAAGCGAGGAAACAAGCCAAUGCGGAGUGCUGGUUCUGCCCGGACCUCGAGGACAGCCCUGAGCAUUUUUUGUUUGAAUGCAGCCGCUGGAAGAAUGAGAGACUGACCCUCUGUACCAAACUAGGAGUGAACAUUAACAGGAAUAAUUUUAUUAAACUGCUUAGAGAUGGCACGAAAAGAGAAGGCAUUAUUAAGCACGUAGUAAGCACACUGAGAGACAAAGAGGCCUAUGAGAGCGGCAGACAAAGAGAGGAAAAUAGAGUUAGGGGGGUACCUCCCACCGGCCGAAGAGCCGGCCGAAGAAUAUAA